CCGGGGUUUACUCCGGUGAAUGAGAAGACUGAGAAAGUGAACUAAGCUCAGAGAAAUUAAAUGAACGGUAUAUGUAUAAGUUUUAUACGCGGGUGUUCGGUGUUAAUUAAGUAGAAAUUAAAGAAGAACAAUGGAUGUCACAGCGGAGGCCAAGCAGAUUAUGAUCCAGGCGUUGGGUAAAAUGUACAGCUCGCGCACCCAGCGUGGUGGGCUCCGGCUCCAUCGGAGCCUGCUGCUGACGCUCGUCAUGAAAUCUGCAAGGGACAUCUACCACUCCGCCAGACUGCAAAGCGAGAACAAGGGACAGUGUGACAACCCCAGUGUCACAGAUAACACAUCACAGACAGAAGAACCCAUGGACACAAGCUCCACGGUUUCCAAAGUAUCAUCUGUGAAAACGCAAUUUACGGACGACGUGCACGAACAUGAUCAACAUCUUCACAGUCGUGCAGAACCCACAGUGGACAAAGAGAACUGCAACCAAACCAGACAGGACCGACACUCCAGAAAGCGACGGAGCAAGACAGCCACAGAGCCUGACUUCCUACCUUGCAAAAAAGCCAAACUGAACAGCGGGGAGGUCAGAGGAAUACUACAGACAUCCCAGAAUAAUCCCGCGAAUUGCGGUAGAAAGCUGGACUCCUUGUCACUUGUGCAUAUGCCGAGAGCAAUUGUGACGUUUUGAAAGGACAAUAUCUGUAGCUCAGCACAAUAUAUUGUGCAGUCAGUGAAGGAAAGUGAACUUUGCGCACUACAGAGGGAAAAGGCGGAUUGUGGCACACAUCUGCCUCGGUAGCGGUGUCCCGGUAGCGCUUGGCUGAAAGUGAUCGCCAGAUCUGGAGAUGGCAACGAUUGAUCACAAUGGUGUCGAUCAAGUCAUCAAAGUGCGGGGUUCUUUUGGAAACUUCUGAGUGAUGUUCGUGAAUUCUCUCAUCGUUGAGGACAUUUCGCCCACGAGGGGAGAUCUCGAACUUUCGUGGACUGAACAUGAACUUUGACUAUUUAUUCAUUUGCCAAGAAUGACUUGUUGUACUGUGGUCCAAAAGUACGUAUUUAAUAUGUAAGGUGCUAAGGUUACCAAACAGCCCAGCAACUGACAAGGUUUUUGUUAACAACAUAAGCUACUACAAACACAUUGUUUGAUUUAACUGUCUACCUCACUUUUGUACAAUAAAAUAUUCCCUACUAUAUA